AUGCAAUUGGAAAUUUUUCAUGCUGGUCUUUUCAUCCUGUUUUAUUUAGGUAUAAGUAAUGCAGUUGAAACAAUGGUUAAUUGUACGGAAAAAGCUGGUACACAUGCAUGUUAUACGUGUAUGGGUAGAGAUAUGGAAAAUUGUGAAACAGGUACCGUAUGUUGCAGUGGUGCUUGCUUUAAGCUUAUCGAUAAAAAGCAUAAUCUAAUAAUGAAAGGUUGCACAAAUGAAGAUCAAGAAGAUGGUAGCAUGAAAAGACGAACAUUUGAUAUACGGUUAUAUUGGGUGCGCAAUGAGAAAGUUACAGAGAAUUUCCCUGAGAAAGUUGCAUAA